GCAAGGGGGGGGACCCGGGGGGGCUCCCGGGGCGGGGGGGGCUCGGCCCCGGCUCCCCCCGAGCCCCGGCGGGAAGGGACUCACCCUGCCCCUGUUGCAGGUGAAGCUGCCCCCGCAGAAGGAGGUGAUCACGGCCGAGGAGCUGAUGGCACAUCUGGGGGAUUGCAUCCUGGCCACCCAACCCCGGGAGACGUCGGAGGGGCUCCAGCUCAACUUCCAGCAGAACAUCAGUGACACCAUGACGGUCCUCCCGAAGCUCUCGACGGGGCUGGACGUCAACGUGAGGUUCACGGGGGUCUCGGAUUUCGAGUACACCCCCGAGUGCAUCGUCUUCGACCUCCUCAACAUCCCCCUCUACCACGGCUGGCUGGUGGACCCCCAGAGCCCGGAGACGGUCCAGGCCGUGGGCAAGCUCAGCUACAACCAGCUGGUGGAGAAGAUCAUCACCUGCAAACAGGCCACCGACUCCAGCCUGGUGAGCGAAGGGCUGGUGGCCGAGCAGUUCCUGGAGGCCACGGCGUCGCAGCUGAGCUACCACGGGCUGUGCGAGCUCACGGCCGCGGCCCCCGAGGGCGAGCUGGGCGUCUUCUUCCGCAACAACCACUUCAGCACCAUGACCAAGCACAAGGGCCACCUCUACCUGCUGGUGACGGACCAGGGCUUCCUGCGGGAGGAGGGGGUGGUCUGGGAGAGCCUGCACACGGUGGACGGGGACAGCUGCUUCUGUGACACCGACUUCCACCUCAGCCACGCCCCGGGCAAGGGGGGGGACCCCGCGGCCCCCCCGGACCACCAGCUGCAGCAGAGACAAGUGGACCAGGAUUACAUGGUGGCCCUGUCCCUGCAGCAGCAGCAGGGGCAGGACCCCCCCUCGGUGCUCAGCGACCUGGAGCUGGCGCGGCAGCUGCAGCACGAGGAGUAUCAGCAGCACCAUCCUCAUCCUCCUCCUCCUCCUCCUCAGCAGCAGCUCCCAGGGCAG